GACAUCGCAUUGCAUGCCGGGUGAUUCAGAGACCACUUGAAUUACACCCAUCAUAUAUGUAUGGUAAUAUCACACGACAGUACGCCAUGGUCGUUUGUUGUGUACGUCGAAUCCUACUGAAUUUUUUUCCCGGUUAUAACAAUUAUAAUUGUUGCUUGAAUUUUUGGUAGUUUGAAGAUCACUUUAUCGUCAACAUGUCACAAGAAACGGCAAACUUUAUGAGACUCGCCAGAUUAUUAGUUGAUAAAGGAACUGAAGCGUUGAGAAAAGAAUUUGAUGCUAUCCAUCCUCCUGCUAAUUUGCCUGCGGUUCUUGCUGCCUGGAAAAAAUCUCUGCUAAGGUUGAAGUUUGGAGUUAUUAAUAAGUCCCAGUGGGAAUUACUGUACCCCCCGUCCGGCAAACCUCCAGAUUCCAAAACCUUUGAUAUUUCAUUACUCACAGUUCUAUUCCGGAAGAUUUGUGGUUUACCAUCGAAAGGAUGGGAUGCAGUGCCUCUUGACACUGAUAGGUCUCUGCAAGCAAACAUAAUAAGAAUCAAGACAUGGCGAAAUGACUAUGCACAUGCGAAGGCAACUCGGAUGGAUGACGCCACAUUCGAAUCCUUGUGGGUGAAAAUUUGUCAAGCAUUGCUUGAAUUGAAAAUUCCACAGAAGGAUAUUGACGAUUUAAAAACAUCUCCACUAUCACCCGAAAUUAAUUAUGUGGAAGUUUCUAAAAACUUUCAAGAAAAGUUAGAAGAUCUGAGCACUGAUGUUAAAGAUACGAAAGAUGAUGUUACAGAUAUGAAAGAUGAUGUUAAAGGUACGAAAGAUGAUGUUAAAGAUAUGAAAGAUGAUGUUGAAGAUAUGAAACGAGAUGUUAAAGAUAUGAAAGAUGAUGUUAAAGGUACGAAAGAUGAUGUUAAAGAUAUGAAAGAUGAUGUUGAAGAUAUGAAAGAUGAUGUUGAAGAUAUGAAACGAGAUGUUAAAGAUAUGAAAGAUGAUGUUAAAGGUACGAAAGAUGAUGUUAAAGAUAUGAAAGAUGAUGUUAAAGAUAUUAAAGAUGAUGUUAAAAGUACGAAAGAUGAUGUCAAUGAUAUGAAAGAUCGUGUUAAAGAUAUGAAAGAUGUUAAAGAUAUAAAGCAAAUCAAGAAACGUUUAGGUUUGCAACAACGAUCCCAAAUCUCGACAACACAUCCCCUGAAAGGUGUCGACGAUACGGAUAUUGAGAUAAAUCGCUACAAAGAUGAAGAUCUCUUGCAAAAACUUGCAAAGCAUAAUUUCGCGGGUAAAAUAAAAGGAAAGAUGAAGUAUUUCUUUCCUGGUACAAGAGAGUGGCUACUAAAGCGCGUGGAGGAUUGGUUUAAUGAGAAUGAGCAAGAAUCAAAGCUAUUGUUAUUGAAAGCUGGGCCUGGUUUUGGGAAAAGUGUAUUCGCAGCAAAAAUGUGUGAAAUUUUUAGGGAGAAGGGAAAAUUGGCUGCUUGCUUUUUUUGUGACUUCCGCGAUGCAAACCUGAGAAAUCCUACUGCGAUGCUGCAGUCUCUUGCAAGUCAAAUGUGCAAGAAUGUCGAUGGUUUUAAAGAGAAGCUUCUCGAUCAAUUAAAGCGACCUCAUAAAAUCUACACUAUGAAAGAGGCCUUUCGAAUAUACUUGCAAAAUCCAUUGGAUGAAUUGGAAGUAGCUGAACCCAGUUUGAUCGUGAUUGAUGGUUUGGAUGAAAGUGAGGCAAAUGACAGGAGUGACAUUGUUAGUUUGAUUUCUGAAUGUUUUUCAGAGCUUCCAGAUUGCAUAAAAUUCUUGAUUACAAGCAGGCCUGAAAUUUCCAUUGCCAAACUCAACGAUAUUCCUAACAUCAAUAUUGAAAAUGAUGACGAAAAGAAUGACUCAGAUAUUGAAAUUUAUCUUAAAUUUUGCCUUCCAAAGCUGCUUGAAAGAGAAGAGGAUAGUUAUUCAGUUGUGUUUAAGAGGCUGGUCAAAAUGUGCGAGGGAUCGUUUCUGUAUGCCUACCACUGUCAAUACGAGCUGGGAAAACGCGACGACCUUGCUAACGUAACUUCCAAUGAAAUCGUCAAGUUUCUUCCUAAAGGCAUAGGCUCGGUUUAUGAAAAAUAUUUCAAACGUCUCGAAAAGGAGCUAAAGGAGCUACAGCACUGCCGUCUUGAUGUGUUGAAAUUUUUGGAAAUACUAGUCGCUGCUCAAAGAUCUCUCCCGCUCACUUUUGUCGCUAAGGCACUUGGAUUGGCUCCAGAUUGUCGCGAGACUAGAAGAAUUAUCGCCCAAGUCAAUGAAGUGAUAUCGUGUUUGCUGUACGUUGCUGAUGAUAUGGUCACUGUCUUUCAUAAAACUGUUAUUGAUUGGCUUCUAGCACGAGGAUACGAAGGCCAUGAUUAUGUUGUUAACAUCAGCGAUGGAAAUAAAUCGCUUUGGCUUGUAUGCGAACAAACAUUUGAAGAAAUUAAACGAAGACCACUCUCCGAAUAUAAGCGUGAGCUAACUCCUGGUGAAAACUAUGCUUUGUAUUUUGGCUCUGAUCAUCUGCUUAAUCGAUGUGAUAUGCUGGAUAGCUUUUCAUGGUUUGUGGACGUUGCUAUAGUAUGUGCUAUUAUGCAUCAUAUUGAAGACUGUUAUAUCACAUUGUUUGACACAUGGAAUAAAUUUCUUUCUAAAAUUGAUAAACUGCGAGGAGGAACUGUACAAAUAAACAAUAAAUUGCGAGCGCGGUUGAGGUGGCAUCGCGCAAUCUUUGAGGAAGAAUUACAGUACGAAUGGAAAACCUUCGUCUCUUAUUCGUGUCCUCCUGAAUUGUUAUACUUAGAAAGAAUCUUGGCACGUCCAUCAAAUGACUACUUUAAUGAUGAGGAGAAAACAUUUGCCCGGUCAGUUUUGUCAUUGUAUGUUCCUUUGUUUGUCGAAAAUGAUGUCGAUGUUCUUCCACUUGAAGAAUGGCAUGUAGAAACGGAGAUUACAGCUGUCUCCUUGUCUAAAGAUAAAACCACGGCAGCUGUUGCAAUGAAAGAUGGAACUAUCUCACUAGUGUCUGUGCCAACAUUGUUUGAGGAAUGGCAGUAUGAAACUGGAUAUAAGGGAAUUUCAUCUGUUACAUUUGCUCCGGAUGAUUCGUUUCUUUUGUUUGGAAAACUCGAAACGGUGCUUGAUAUCGCUCAGAAAAAGGAACUCGCGUUUUUCGCCGAAUAUUCGGAGACCUUUAUAUCUUGUGCAUUUUCCCCGAAUGGCCUGAGGCUGAUCACUAGCCAUGGUUGCGAUCCAAUGAAGAUAUGGGAUGUGGCUAGGAAAAGACUUAUAUCUGAACUCGAAACUGGAGUUUUUGUUAAUUGGUGCACUUUUGACAUUACAGGGCUGUUCAUCGUCGCAUUUGAUAAAAUCAACUAUUUCGAAUUUUGCAGACGUAGUGAUUAUGAUUUUAGAUUCAGAAUUGAUCCAGUAAAAUAUGUUGUUGAGGAUUCGUUUUCCAUUUGGAAUGCUUUUACACUGCAACGAUGCGAUGAGCGAAUUCUGCCGGAAAUUAAGAAAGGAAAUGCAUUACGCAGUGGCAAAUGUAAACGUUGUUUUUGGCCAGGAAUUGCAAAACAACCGACAUAUGGAGUAUGCAGAUGUCCAGAAAAAUGCAAAUUGUUUUUAUGUGUCCUGCCUUUUGGGCACAAUUAUCACCUUUCCACCGGAAUCUACAAUGGUGUCGAAUGCUACAUUGCAUUGGAAGAUGACUCUUUGAAUGUUGUAGAAACCACUCAUUUUACCACUCUGGCCGCGUGGGACUGUUUCACGUUCACCUUCGACAGAGAUAAUAUGUUCAGUGGAUAUGAAGAACUAGCUGCGAUUGACAAUGAUCAUUGGCUCUACUCAAAUGAAAGUAAACUGCUCGUUUUAAGGACGCCAGUGGCAAUACCCCCCGUCGUCAUUGUUUAUUGGAGUUCAUUCUCCCCAGAUAGCUCUCGACUAGCAACUUGCUCCUCAGAUGGAUACAUCAAGAUAUGGAAUGUCGACAAAAGACAAGUUGAGCAACGUUUUAAAGUAGAUCAAGGCGAGACGCCAUUUGUUUGUUGGUUGUCGAAAGAAUUCUUGUUCGUUUUCAAUUCUAUCGACGGGAUGCCAUGCCUUUGGAAAUUUCCAGUGUGGAGAAAUUCAAAGAUCCUAUUUACUAAGGGCGAACAACAUUCUUUAACUUAUUUACGAAACGAGUUCGUUUCAGCGUCACAAGUGGUUGAAUUUUCUGGGGGCUUGCUCUUCCUUAAAUUCGGGGAGACAGCACCUGUGAAAGUUCUUGAUGUUAACAGGGAUGGUGAACCACAAAUAACCACUUUACCUGUCGUGAAUAUUUUGGUUUCGCCCGAUGGUGUCUUUGUCCUCAGUAUUGGAAAAAAAACACUUAACAUUUGGAAAAGAAAUUCAACGAACGCAUUGCAAUUUGAUUUCUUUCUUUCCUAUGAAAGAGUUUCAAAACCUCAGUCUUACUACACUCGAUUCAAUACGCUUUUUCGCUUUAGUAACGAUUCUAAAGUUGUUGUUUUUUCAGAGAGCAAGCCAUUUAGACUUAGUACGGGUGAUUUCAAGCCCCCUUAUGUACGUGAAACCGUAAUUCUUGAUUUAGUGACUCGUAGUCUUAAAAGAGUUCUUUUAAGUGAUGACUCCUCUUAUCUUAACUGGUUUUGCUUAAACAAGAAUAGGGUUAUUAUCGCAACAUCACUUCAUCGUAUACAUGUGUUUGAUAUGGAUUCUGGUGCUCAAAUAUGGUCGCCAGCAGGACAGAAUUUCUUAAAGCGAUUUGCGGAGAUGAAACUAUCCCCAGAUGAAACUGUUCUAGCUCUUCCAAAAUUAAAUGGCGAUAUGAAAUUCAUUCGUUUGUCCAUUGCACAUAACGCUUUGCUAGAAGAAAUUAAAAAAAACGCAGCUAUCAAUUGGCAGAACGAAAUAACUGGAACCAAAUAAGUUGGUGAGUGUGUCAGUAUUCAAGCUAUUCAGAAGAGAACUCAUCGAACGAGAUUGCUGAUAAACUCAGCUGCUAAGACAUUGAUGAUGUUACCUAACUUUCUACCGUCAACGAAAUAAUGAAUAAUUUGUAGCAAAUUGUCAUUGUCAGUUCGGGCAGCGGCUAGACUUUUGCUUGGAGCCGGUCUAGAAUGGAGAUGUAAGGCACCUCCUUUCCUCCGCUAGUCUGGGAGUUCACCUUGGGCAAGUGAUAGCACUCCCUUGCCUCCCUGACUCGGGUUACAGUUUUUAAAGGGAUAUGGCAAUAAAAAUUAUUUCUGUUUUGUUGAAAAGGAAGCCUAUAUAGAGCCUGUUUACAAAAUUUGUUUAUCUUUCUUACUUCGAAAGAUAUUAGCGAUCAAAAACAUCGGCUAUCGAGAUACAUCCGCCAUCUUGUUUUAUAAUGAGAUCUAAUUACGUGACAUCAAAGCAGGGUUGACGCUUAAAAAAUAACAACUACAUGUUUACGCUUUAGUUUAGAACUCUAACAAUUUAAACGCUAUAAUUUGAGAUACGUGAGAAUGUAAUACCAUGAAACUAUCACUUCGCUGAAUCGUUACAAAACGAAUUUUCACCCAGGUUACGACGUCAUGCAUAUCCAAGCAAGAAUAUGCAU